AUGCUUCUCCUGCUCGUCUGCUUCUAUACGGGCGCUGUUCAUGCUAUCACAGAAGCAUCCUCUCAGUGGCAUAAUCCAAUACUUCCUGGCUUUCACCCUGAUCCUUCCUGCACUCGCGUUCCCGAAUGGAAUGACACAUUCUUCUGUGCGACAAGCUCGUUCAACGCUGUCCCAGGGGUUCCGGUCUUUGCUAGCAAAGACCUGCAGAAUUUCAGGCAGAUUGGCAACGUUAUCACGAGAAAAAGUCAGCUUCCUGGUCUUGCCGCCACGAACGGGUCAACAUCUGGUAUAUGGGCACCCACGAUUCGCUACCAUGAGGGAACCUUCUACGUUGUGACGACUCUCGUUUAUGACGAUCGGGCUGCCAACGAUUCUUCUCGCUGGGACAAUAUUAUCUUCACAUCAACGAAUCCAUACGAUACCGACUCCUGGUCUGACCCAGUUCACUUUACCUUCGAGGGCUAUGACACCUCUCCCUACUGGGAUAGUCAAGGGAACUCGUAUAUCAUUGGGAGUCACGCUUGGAAAAUCUAUGAGAUGAUCCAGGGGUUUGGCAUUGACUUGAACACGGGAAAUAUAACCAGUGACAUACACGAUAUGUGGCCUGGUACUGGAGGCAUAGCUCCUGAAGGUCCACAUGUUUACGAGAGCGAUGGGUCAUUUUACCUUCAAAUCGCAGAAGGAGGUACAGGUCUCAACCAUGAAACCAAUUACGCGCGUUCAGACAGCCUAUUCGGAAACUACACAGGCGAUCCCGAAAAUCCUGUGCUGACGAACGCAAACACCACAGAGUAUUUCCAAACCGUGGGCCACGCCGACCUGUUCAAUGACACAGAGGGGAACUGGUGGACCGUUGCGCUCAGCACGCGUUCUGGUCCCGAGUUCGUUUAUUACCCGAUGGGUAGAGAAACCAUUUUGACCACCGCAAAAUGGAAUGAGGGUGAAUUCCCGACAUUCACACCCGUACGCGGCGUGGAGAGUGGACCGCUACCUUCCAUCAACAAAGAUAUCUCAGGGGAUGGGUAUUGGGUGGGGUCCGACGACGACAUCACGUUCGAAUCGAACACAACACUCCCGAACCACUUUGUCUACAACCGCUUCCAGGAUGUCAGCGCCUACACCAUCUCCCCAUCGGGUCAUCCCAAUACUUUAGCUCUGUCGCCAUCCGUCCUCAAUCUCACUGGACGCGACGCAAGGUCAGCAGCCACGCCUCAGACCUUUGUCGGGCGGCGUCAAGAGCAUAUCGAGUUCAUCUUCGAAGUCACUCUGGAGUUCAACUCGAUGCAAGAUCAAGCCGAAGCCGGCGUCACUGUGUUCUUAAACCAGGCGCAACACUUUGAUUUGGGCGUUGUAAUGCUAUCACCAGAUUUGGCUACCGAGGCGGGAUUGGCUCCUGCGACGACAGAGAACAACAACGACACAACGACCAGUUCAUACAUUCGCCUUCGCACUAUCACGGCGAACUCAACGAAUUCCGGAGCGACGGAUCCGUUCUCGAGUCCAGCGAUUUUGCCUCUCAAUUCUAGCACGGGGACAAAGUUGAAACUGCAGGUCGAAGCCGUGAACCACACGACAUACGCUUUUCGGUACACUGAUGGCGGAAAUGGAUCUGAAUGGAAGACGGUUGGCUGGGGCAAUUCGAGUCAAGUCAGCGGAGGAUUUACAGGCACGAUCGUGGGUCUAUUUACCACAGGGAACGGAAACGAUGUCACGGACCCUGCGUAUUUCUCUCAACUCUCGUACAAGGGGAAUCAUGAUGUAUUCUAA